AUGUCGGAACCUCUGGCUUGCCCCCGGGAACAUGGCGGUGCCAUUGACCCGUCGCCGUUUCGAGACACAGACGGAAAACUGUAUGUCACGUACAAAAGCGAUGGGAAUAGCAUUGGCCACGGUGGCGACUGUAACAAUGGCAAGAAACCCAUUGUCAAAGUCCCCAUCAUGCUUCAGGAGCUCCAAGAUGACGGUAUCACCCCAGUUGGGGACCCUAUUGAAAUUCUCAAGAACGAACAGGAAGAUGGGCCUCUGGUCGAGGCGCCCAACAUCAUCCGGACAGACCAGGGCUAUUACUACCUUUUCUUCUCUUCCCAUUGCUUCACUUCCCCGAAGUACGAUGUCAAGUACGCCUACUCGACGUCUUUGAAGGGGCCGUAUAAGAGGGCCGCUCGCGCCUUAGUCAGAACGGGGGACUUUGACCUGACGUCUCCGGGAGGGGCUACUGUAGCUCCUGACGGGACAUUUAUGAUAUUCCAUGCCAAUUGUGCACCAAAGAGAUGCAUGUAUGUCACGGGGAUAGAUAUAGGUGCAGACAACUUGAUCACACUUAGUGGACUCGCGUGA